AUGGGUGAAGAAACCGGUGAGGAAUCGAAGGCUAGCAUCGGGAGAGCAAUCGAAGCGAUAUCUUCAUUGAUCUCACUCUCUCACUCAAUCAAAUCCUUCAACGUCAAAUGGCAACUGAUACGAACCAAGCUCGAGGAGCUUUACUCUGGACUCGCCGCUCUCGAGAAUCUUGAUUCCGGGUUGGACCCAUCUCUCUCGAGCUUAAUCUCCGCCAUCCUCGUUUCUCUCAGGGACUGUUACGAUCUCGCGACGCGUUGCGUGAACGUCUCAUACAGUGGGAAGCUCCUGAUGCAGAGCGAUUUAGACGUUAUGGCCGGAAAAUUCGACCGACACACGAGGAACCUCUCCCGGAUUUACUCCGCCGGGAUUCUCAGCCACGGAUUCGCGAUCGUCGUGUCGAAGCCCAGCGCUAACGCUUGCAAAGAAGACAUGAGGUUUUACAUUAGGGAUUUACUCACGAGGAUGAAGAUUGGGGAUCUGGAGAUGAAGAAGCAAGCUUUGGUGAAGCUUAACGAAGCCAUGGAAGAGGACGAUAGAUACGCAAAGGCCGUGAUCGAAAUCAGCGAUAUGCUUAACAUCCUCGUUGGGUUUCUUGAUUCCGAGAUGGGGAUUCAAGAGGAAUCUGCGAAAGCUGUGCUUUUUAUCUCUGGGUAUGGUUCUUACAGGUCUGUGUUGAUCGGAUCGGGUGUGAUUGGUCCUCUGGUUAGGGUUCUUGAGAACGGGAACGAUGUUGGUAGAGAAGCUUCCGCAAGGUGUUUGAAGAAACUAACAGAGAAUUCAGAGAAUGCGUGGUCUGUCUCUGCUCAUGGAGGCGUCUCAGCAUUGCUAAAGAUUUGUUCUUGCAGCGGACUCGGCGGCGAAUUGGUCGCUAGCUCCUGUGGUGUGCUGAGAAACCUCGUCGGUGUUGAAGAAAUCAAGAGGUACAUGAUUGAAGAAGAUGACACAGUGACCACUUUCAUUAAGCUAAUUGGAUCAAAGGAAGAGAUUGUUCAGGUAAACUCCAUUGAUCUACUGUUAAGUAUGUGUUCUAAAGACGAACAAACACGAGAAAUCUUGGUUAGACAAGGAGGGAUCCAGGAGCUAGUGAGUGUACUAUCAGAUUCAUCUUCCAAAUCUAAGGAGAUAGCAUUAAGAGCAAUCGAUAACUUGUGUUUCGUGUCUCCCGGUUGUUUGAAUGCAUUGAUGAGCUGCAAAUUCUUGGAUCAUUUGCUGUAUCUUCUAAGAAACGGAGAGAUCUCUGUUCAAGAAUCAGCCUUGAAGGUUACUUCUAGGCUAUGUAGCUUGCAAGAAGAGGUUAAGAGGAUAAUGGGAGACGCAGGUUUUAUGCCGGAGCUAGUCAAGUUUCUCGACGCUAAAUCGUUAGAGGUAAGAGAAAUGGCGAGCGUGGCGCUCUACUGUUUGAUCUCGGUUCCAAGGAACAGGAAGAAGUUUGCGCAAGACGACUAUAACAUUAGCUACAUUCUCAAGUUGCUUGACCAUGAAGAUGGGAGCAAUGUGAGUGGAGGAGAUUCGGGUAACACCAAGUUCCUGAUAUCGAUUUUGAUGUCGUUAACGAGCUGCAAUAGCGCGAGGAGAAAGAUUGCGAGUUCAGGGUAUUUGAAAAGCAUAGAGAAGCUAGCAGAAACUGAAGGCUCAGAUGCUAAGAAACUUGUGAAGAAGCUAUCUAAGAACAGAUUCCGCAGCAUGCUAAGUGGUAUUUGGCAUUCCUAA